GCUCUCUUUCUCUCUCUCUCACACUCUCUUCGCGAGUAACUGUCGAACGUCAUCGAGCGCUUUUCCGAUCACACCACGUGACACCCUUAUCCUUCACUCUGAUUGGUCGUCACAAUAAACGUCCACCAAUCAGAGCUCUGGACGAUUUAUUCUAAUCUUUCUUUAUACUUCUUACUUCGUUUUCUUCAUCUACUUCGCCUCCUUCUUCCUUCUUCUUCUUUUUUUUCUUUCUCUCUUCUCUUCUACUUCUACUUAUUACCUCUUACUUCUUCUUAUUGUUAGUGCGCCCGUGUUGUUUCUACUACUAACGAUAGCCGAACGUAGGAAAGUUCUCUUGUCUUUUUACCGGAUGCAGGGACCAACGUUGGCUUCUCUUAUCUUUAGGAGGAGGCUAACGAUAUCUACGACCUCGACGUUCCCGUUCCCGUUCAUUGUGGUUACUCUUCGGAAAGAGCACAUUGUUAGGAUUACUACUGAUAAAAUAAGCCGCUUUGUGAUGAUUCCCCAGAGUAGUUAUGAUAGAUACGGAUGAUCCUAAGCUUACGUUUCUUAAAAUUUUGUUUUUCUUUUUCUUUUCCUUUUUCUUUCCUUUUUCUUUUACUUUUCUAGUUUUUCUCUUUUUCCUCUUUUCUAACAGCUUUCCUACGUUCGUCGUAUAAUAUAAUGAUCACUGCUAGAAUACUUCCGGUACGAGGACGAAUUUCUUGAGAUUUUCUAUUAGAGCGGUUUGAAAGAAACAAGAGAAAUUACGAAGGAACAAAUGGAGAGAAAAGUUGAUGCUUUUUUUUUGAAACAAAAUGUAUAAGAUCUAUAUAUAUAUACCAAUUUUUAAAUAAUGAUUAAUUAAGUGUUUAUGUGUGUGCGUGUGUGUUAUUUUUAAUAAUUUUGCAACUGAAGCUUCCAAGUUUUGAUAUUUUUGGAAAGUAACUUGAGGAAGAUAAUUAAAUUAAUCAAGAGCAAAAAUGAGCAAUCCGUAUCUUCAACCAUCUUAUUCGAUUCCCAUGCCAAUGAAUCAACCAGGAACGCAACCUAUUGCAAGUGCACCGUCACCAAAUGAAUUUCCAUUGCCGUAUGCGCCACAGGUACCGCAAGGUGGUUGGCCAAUACCGAAUAUGAUUUGUCCGCCAGGUUUGGAAUACCUUAUGGGCCUUGAUCAUUUGUUUGUCAAACAAAAAUUCGAAAUGUUGGAAGUUGUUACCGGAUGGGAAACCCGCAAUAAAUAUAACGUAAUGAAUAUAAGAGGUGAACAAGUUUAUUAUGUUUGUGAACAAUCUAACUGUUGUUCACGUUUUUGUUGCGGUACCUAUCGCAAUUGUGAAUUCAAGGUAUUCGAUGGAAUUAGAAGAGAAAUUCUUCAUAUGAUUCGUCCAUUAAGGUGUAACAGUUGUUGCUGUCCUUGUUGUUUACAGGAAUUGGAAGUCUAUUCCGGUGGUAUUCUUUUGGGAUCGGUUGUUCAAGAUUGGACUCUAUUUAGGCCAUGGUUUUCAAUACUCAAUGCAAAUGGCGACACAGUUUUGAAGAUAAAAGGACCGUUAUUACGUUUCUGCGUAGAAGUUGAUUUUAAAGUAAAGUCUGCUGAUGGUACUCAAGGAGUUGGCAUGAUCAGUAAACAUUGGAGUGGUAUUACUCGUGAAUAUUUUACGGAUACCGAUAAUUUUGGUAUCAGCUUCCCCAUUGAUCUUGAUGUCAAAAUAAAAGCUGUUCUUCUUGGUGCUUGUCUCUUGAUAGACUUCAUGUACUUUGAAACUUCGAAAGAAUGAAUGAUGAAUAUUUAAACAAAGCACAAAAAAAAGCAACGUGUCUUCUAUCGAUCUUGGAUUAUUUAUACGAAUACUAUUUUUCAAAGCCUAUUUAAUAAUUCUUCAAUUUGAUAAGAUAUAUUUUUUGCCUAUUAAUGCAUGUGUGAUCUUAUUUAUUAAGUAUCUGAUCAUACACAUGACAAGUAUGUCAUACAAUGGUUAUGUAUAUCUAUAUAUACAUAAUAUAUAUAUGUAUAUUUAUAAAUAUAUAUAUACACAAAUACAUAUUAAAAUGUAAUAAUAAUUAUAACAGAAUUUGUUGUGAUACCAAAUAUAUAUA